AUGGGAACAUAUUUAUCAAAAGAUUCAUCAAAUAUAUCAAAUUCCAGUCCAGCCAACCCAGCAAAUACAGCCAGCACAUUGACCAAAGCAAGACCGUGUUCCCUUGCGUCUGUCAAUUGCUAUGGUUGCAGUGCAAAUUGUGAUCCUCAAAAAUGCAUGGUCUCAGCUAACCAUGUCCCUCGCGUUAGUCGAUCGUUUUGCUCUGAACGCAGCGACUUAACGAAUGAAAUCAGCAUAGGACUGGUUCGUGAAAAUCGAGGAGGAAUUUCGGCAUCCAUAGCUCGAGUUUUAGCCGGCAUCCAUAUGAUGUAUCGCUUGACCAUGAAGGCUCAUACGUGCAAGUCCCACUCUGGCAAUGAGUUCGGCGUCAAAGCUCAGCGACUUCAUCAACGAUUCGAAAUGGAUCGCGAUUUAACAAAAUAUGAAAUACUGUUGACCAUUCUGGGAUCCCUUAUCUCGCUCAUUGGCACUGAAGGCAAAACAAUCCUAGUCUCUCUUGUCAGACUGGGAAGACUCUUGGUAUUGAAGGAUAGCGAUAUAAGGGAGAAAGGAAUAUUGCCCAUCGUUCAGAGUAUAGGUAAAAGUAUUGGUAUGCCACUCACAGCAGCGUUUAUCGUAUCCGGUGUCCAAGCGGCUUCUCUCGAUGCAAACCCACAAGUGCUUGACCUCCGAUUUGAUCAAAAAAAAUUCAGGCGUCUGCUAAAGAGUAAACGCUUGUCCUGGCUAGUGUCAACCGAAUCCAUUAGACGGGCCGCAGAUAACGCCGAUAUAGUUGUAAUGUCGCAAUACCCGCCCAUCACUGGCGAAACGUUGGCUAGACUCUUCCGUGAAGGAUAUCGUAGCUUGCAUGACGUCCAUUUUGCUGCCAGAGUGGAUAUUGUCUUGGCCGCCAUGUUACACUCCAGUAGAAUCAGUACGAAACACAAACCUUUGGCUACCAUGAUGAUUGCAGCAACACUGGGAAGUGUUGUUAGAGCAAAUAUGAACUGUGACCUCGACGACAUUCCUUUUCUGUGCAGAUAUGUCUGCGCUGGAUUUUCAGUUUCAAAGGAUGAACUCCCUCCCUGCUCGAAGCAAGAUGGUUCGAUGUUGAUAUCCAAGUCACCAUCUAUUAUAAGCUUCUGGGGAGCAGCUUUCAAAACGGCGUAUGCUCUGCUGGCGACGUUGAAAAUGAUUGUUAAAAGCGACAAUACAAUUGAUCGACAGGUAGCAACGGCUCUGCGAUGGUAUAAAAAUCCAAUGACCGAACGAGUUCCCAUGAAACUACUGGAGAAUCUUUUUGAUAGCGUCAGUGGGUACUAUGACUCCGGUAGCGGAGAGUUGAAAAUGGUUGUCAAAGGUCCAGUGAAGAUGUUCUUUGACACUUUGCAGAAAGCACAUGUACUUUUCUGGAUAAAGGAGUACGUUAGUCCUAACGCUACCUACAUAAAGGGUUCCCUUAAAGUACAGAUACCGUACUGUUGGGUACAAAGUUGGCGGUUGGCUGCCAUGGCCAUGGAAAGACGUGGCCAUAUGGCAAUGGGCUUUGCUCAAGAUCAACUUUUGGCUCCACUGACUUGGCCAAAAGCCACUGGUAAUACUUUUCCCGUAGUCAGAGCUACUGAUCCUGGCCAGUGGCUUUUGAACUUAAAAACUGGUAAACUUGAACGAAAGGAAGACCAGAUUUACGCUGCCGUCUCCUAUGCAGGCUCAGAGAUCAGAUUUCUUCAACAACAUUUCAAACUCCUCGCACAAUACCUAAUAGACGGUCGCUGUAAAUACAUAUGGCUAGACAAACUUUGCUGGAAACCUGGACAAGAACUCUCAUCCUAUUACGAUAUGAUGGAUAUAUACGCCAGUGCUAAUUUUACGGUGGUUGUCGACCCGUAUGCAAGCCUUUCCGGUGUUGCCGAUACAGUGUGGGCAGAGAGAAGCUGGACACGCGCUGAGUUAGCAGUCAGUCGGCAGGUCAAGCUCUGGAUAGGUAAACCGUACGGGACAGGUCUACUUGCGGCCUACAAAUUUGGUCGGCGUCAAGUAGACACCAUACCAGAAGCUGUAGACUGGUUCAAAAAUACUGUCACUUUAUAUACCGAGGAUAGCGUACUUGCUUUUGGAGCUAUUACAGGGGCGCAAAAUAAAGGAACGGUAUCAAGCUCCGUCAGUACUGCUAUGGCGGAUAUGACCAUCAGUAAAGUCGUCCUUUACCCUCCAAGCUGUCGCAACGAACUUUCCUGGCUACCUGCUAUUGGCGGAAUGAUUGAAAACCUAGGCGAGGAAACUCUUGCUACAGUCACAAUGAAACACUAUGGUGUUCAAAUCAAAGCAAGAGAGAUAUCACUUCGGAUCACUACGCUGGAUAAGAGACACUGGCUGAGUGGCAGCCACCAUGUUCGUAAUUUAAGACUAGCCGAAGUUCGGUUACUUGCAGUUGCCACAGGCAAUGCAGGAACUAUCUGCUGGAUGACGACAACUGGUACCCGAUGGUCGAACUAUAUCGGCCGUGUCAUUGGGUGUGUCGUACUCGACGACAGUGAAUUUAUGGAACUGAAAAGAAUUACAACAAGAGUAGUGUAG